GCAUAUAGUUGCUGAACGUCAACCUGCCUUCUUCUCAAGGAAGCAACAGUGUUAAUUCUGAAGGACUGCUGGAGUAACCAGAGACAGGGCAAGGAAGAGCUUCGUGCACCUGUCAUCCUCGGGACUGAAGAGAAGGUCUUUUUGGGCUGAGCCAGCUUCUCCUGCCUAUCUAACACCCUUCCGGGAUAGGAUUUGGGGAACGUCCGGGGAAGGGCCCUUGUCCCUGCCCAAGAGGGAGGGAAGAAAACGGCUUCCACCUGCAGCAGUGCCGACGUCUGAGUGCCCGAGGAAGGCUGACUCCCGCUUGCCGCCCGCCCCAAAGGCACGGCGCCUUCUCCGGCUAGUUGGUUUCACUGCUCCGCGCUUCGUCUUCCCUUCUCGCUCGCCUCUUGGCGCUUGCCGGCGAUGUCUCCCCUCGUGGCUCGGACGCUCCUGGCCGCCGUCUCGGCUUUGGCCCUUGGCGUCUUCCUUUCUACCGGCGCCCAAGAAGCAGCAGCGUCGGCGUCGGUCGGAGGGCAAUUCGCCCAGGAUCUCUUCGCCGUCUUCGGAGGGAACCGGAGCCUCUCGAGCGAGCAGGUGGGCCAGUUGCUGCAGAAGUUGGGCGCCCGGCAGAAACUGAGCGAGUUCGUGGCCCCCGGAUCGCUGGCGCAUCUGCGCUACAACCAGUGCAUGUCUUCCGAAGAUAUUUUUUCUCUGUAUGGAAUAUCAAACAGGACCAGGAUAAUGGAAUCCACCUUCUCUACAAUAUGCCCUGCUGUCUUACAACAAGUGAUUUUUCACCCCUGUGAAAAAUCUCUUUCCAAAGGUAGUUCCAAGCCAUCUCCUACAGAAGUUUGGGGCUUUGGGUUCCUUUCUGUCACUAUAAUCAGCCUUGCGUCACUUCUUGGAUUGGUUUUAACCCCUCUUUUAAAGAAGGACUAUUUCCCUAAGAUUUUAACCUACUUCGUAGGUUUGGCCAUUGGAACACUCUUCUCUAAUGCAAUUUUUCAACUUAUUCCAGAGGCUUUUGGAUUUGAUCCCAAAGUAGAUAACUAUGUUGAAAAAGCAGUUGGAGUUUUUGGUGGAUUCUACAUCUUAUUCUUUGUGGAAAGAGUUCUUAAAAUGAUAUUGAAGACUUACAGUCAAAUGGGCCACACUCAUUUUGAAUCUGAAGAACUGAAACUUCCUCAAGAUCGUUCUGCGCCUCCUGCUCCUGUAGAAUUAAUCAAAUCGGUCAAUGGAACCAUGUGCUAUGCAAAUCCAGCUGUAGCAGAAGCUAAUGGAAACUUGAGUUUUGAUAAUGUCAGUGUGAUCUCUGGACAGAGAGAAGAAACACAAAGUAGUUCAUGGAAAUGUUUCAAAGGACCUUCCUUAUCUGAGAUUGGCACAAUUGCUUGGAUGAUCACAUUAAGCGAUGCUUUGCACAACUUCAUUGAUGGAUUAGCUAUCGGAGCGUCUUUCACACUUUCCCUACUUCAGGGAAUUAGCACAUCCAUAGCAAUCUUAUGUGAAGAGUUUCCUCAUGAAUUAGGGGAUUUUGUCAUCCUUCUUAAUGCAGGAAUGAGCACAAGGCAGGCCUUGUUUUUCAAUUUUUUAUCAGCAUGUUCUUGUUAUAUUGGCCUAGUUUUUGGCAUAAUUGUAGGCAACAACUUUGCUCCAAACAUCAUUUUUGCAGUAGCUGGAGGCAUGUUUCUGUACAUCUCCCUUGCAGAUAUGGUCUAGACCGGAACUGUGUCUGAGCCAAAUAUAUUAAUAUGUGUGAAUGAUCAAUACAGAACCCUGAUUUAUUGCUGAACCCCACUUUAUUCUUCUCUGUCUAGAAACAGGUAGGAUUUGUAAGAGUUCUUCAUUUUCUCUCUUUCUUACCAUUUCUCUUAGGGGAUCAUAGUGAACUGAUCUCAUUGCUCAAGGGAUUCUAUCAGCUGAAGGGAUAGUACUCUGGGUGAGAACAGAGAUUGUAUGGUCUCAUACUUUUGAAUGUUCCUCCAAAAGAAACUUUUCUGCACAUUAAAACGCUUACAUAUGAUGGGUAAAGCAUUGGUAAAGCUGUUGGUCUGAUGUCUUUGCCUGUUACAGUUAGACAGCCAAUUGAUUCUAAAUGUAUGCCCUGGACACUAGUUACAUUUUGUGGCAGACUAACUUCUGAAUUCUUUUCUUUUUGUCUAUGGUACAAGAUGCUUUGUUUCCCAUCCUUGGUUUGGUAAGAUCUUUGGAAAAAUAUUCUUCUGGAAGUUGGAUGAAGUCUUAGAUUGAAACCUGAGCUGGAAAAAAAUCUUAUCUCUACUAAUUGCAGCAAGGAAUGAGAAUUGUCUUCAUUUGUUUGCUGCCAAGUACAUAAAGCAUCUACUGUAUUUCUACUGCUAGUGGGGCAACAAUUCAACAGAUCAAUACUUUUAGUUAAAACAGAUAUCAGUCUCCAUCAAGUUAAGAUCUAGAAACACUCAUGCAAAAAAGAAUGCAGACAUAAUCCAGAUUAAUUGUUGGCAAAUAAGCAGAAAAAAACAGUUUGGUGUUGUGGUUAAAGACAUGGGAGGCCAUGAAUUCUAGUCCUGCCUUAGGCACAAAGCCAACUGGAUUACUUUGGGCAGUCACUUUC